UCUGUUUAACAACGAUCGUUACCUAAAAUCAUGGCAGCUGCCAGUCGUGAGGUGCACCAUCCUGUAGAUCCUGGAAUCUCAAAGCUGCAGUUUGCUCCCUUCAGUAGUGCCUUGGAUGCAGGAUUCUGGCACGAACUAACCCAGAAGAAACUCAACGAGUACCGAUUGGACGAGACCCCCAAAAUUAUCAAAGGGUAUUACUACAAUGGUGAUCCUUUGGGUUUGCCAGCUCGCUUGACAUUGGAGUUUAGUGCCUUUGAUAUGAAUGCUUCCAUACCAGCACGUUGCUGUCCUGCUUUCGGAAAAUUGUAUAAUACCAACACUUUUGAGACUUUUAAAUCCUGCGAUAAGAAAUCACUUCUGGAAAAAGAAGCAAAUGAGAUAUGGGAAUCAAUAAAAUCUGGAGCUGCUCUUGAAAACCCUAUGCUUUUGAACAGGUUCCUGCUGCUGACAUUCGCAGAUUUAAAAAAAUAUCACUUCUAUUACUGGUUUUGCUACCCGGCUCUCUGCUUCCCUGAUGGAAUACAUGUAAUUCAGAAACCAGUGUGUCUCGGUGACAGAUUCUCAUUAAAUCAGAUUCAAGCACUUCAGAAAGCAUAUGAUGAGCUUUGCCAGAAGGAGGGGGUUACAGCCUUGCCUUAUUUUUUAAUCAAGUAUCAUGACAAUACUGUCAUGAUAUCUCUGCUGAAAAAGUGGGAUGGUUUCUUCCAGGACCAAGGGGCAAAGGUGACAGUUGGAGUUUAUGAUCCAUGUAAUUUAUCUCACUAUCCCGGAUGGCCACUGAGAAACUUCUUGAUCCUGGCAGCCUACAAAUGGGGCAGCGUUCUCCAGUCAGUUGAAGUGCUCUGCUUCAGAGAUAGGACCAUGCAAGGAGUGAGAGACAUAACACACAGCAUUAUCUUUGAAAUAAAACUUCCAGAGAGAGUCCUUGGCUCAGAUUGUCCAAAAGCUGUUGGAUGGGAGAAAAACCAAAAGGGAGGCAUGGGCCCAAGGAUGGUGAAUCUCAGUGAAUGCAUGGAUCCAAAAAGGUUAGCAGAAUCAUCAGUGGAUCUUAAUUUGAAAUUGAUGUGCUGGCGGUUGGUGCCUACUCUUGAUUUGGAUAAAAUUGUGUCUGCCAAGUGUCUGCUGCUAGGAGCUGGUACACUGGGUUGUAGUGUUGCAAGGACCUUAAUGGGUUGGGGAGUGAGGAAGAUUACAUUUGUGGACAAUGCAAAGAUCUCCUACUCUAACCCAGUACGACAGCCGCUGUAUGAGUUUGAAGACUGUCUUAGUGGUGGAAAGCCUAAAGCACUUGCAGCUGCAGACAGGCUGCAGAAAAUCUUCCCAGGAGUGAGUUCAGAAGGCUAUAACAUGAGCAUCCCUAUGCCAGGCCACCCAGUGAAUUUUUCUGAAGUAACAAUGGCACAGGCUCGGAAGGAUGUGGCUAAACUUGAAGAUCUUAUUGAUGCUCAUGAUGUUGUUUUCCUGCUAAUGGACACUAGAGAGAGUCGAUGGCUUCCUGCUGUCAUUGCAGCCAGCAAGAGGAAGUUGGUCAUCAAUGCUGCAUUGGGAUUUGACACAUUUGUUGUUAUGAGACAUGGACUGAAGAAGCCAAAACAGCAAGAAUCUGGUGAUUCAUGUUUCAACAAUGCCUCUGGUGGUUCUGAUCUUUUGGGAUCAUCACUCUUUUCAAAUAUCCCUGGCUAUAAACUGGGUUGCUACUUCUGCAAUGAUGUUGUGGCACCAGGGGAUUCCACCAGGGAUCGGACGUUGGAUCAACAAUGUACGGUCAGUCGACCUGGAUUAGCCAUGAUAGCUGGAGCGCUUGCAGUGGAAUUAAUGGUUUCUGUCUUACAGCAUCCAGAAGGUGGUUAUGCUGUGGCCAGCAGUAGUGAUGAUAGAAUGAAUGAACCACCUACUUCUCUUGGACUUGUUCCUCAUCAGAUCCGUGGAUUUUUAUCAAGAUUUGAUAAUGUUCUUCCAGUCAGCCUGGCAUUUGAUAAGUGCACAGCCUGUUCAGCCAAAGUCCUUGACCAGUAUGAACGAGAAGGGUUCAAUUUCCUAGCUAAAGUUUUUAAUUCUUCACAUUCCUUCUUAGAAGACUUGACAGGUCUAACUUUAUUACACCAGGAGACACAAGCUGCAGAGAUCUGGGACAUGAGUGAUGACGAAACAGUCUGAAAAUCAGCUGAAUAAGGUGGAAGAUGACCUACUUUGGACUGCAGCGCUGCCUUUUAUCUGUUAUUUGACAAGUUAAUGAUUGCUUACCCGUUCUGACUGCUACAAAUACAAACAAAUAUCAUUGACAUUUUGACAUUAGUAUCUUCACCUUAAAAGCAGUCUGUUAUGGAUAUAACUCUCUACAUUUUCAUUUUUAUUAUGUAAAUAACUAAAGCAAUGUGGUUACGUUUAAACCUUGUCUUUUUUUUUUUUCUUGGUUUCUAAAUACAGCUUACAUAUAAAAUAUGCUGCUUAAGUAAACUUUAGUGGUUUAUUUGUCCCAGUUUUUAUUUCACUUGCCCAUGGACGUGUCCAAGCAGCAUGUCUAAAUGUCUUUCUUCAUCUUUCCCAGAUUUGUGCCCCUUUAGUUGGAUUUUACUGUUAAAAUUGAGAAUAUUCUGCUCUUGGGAGUUAAACUGCAUCUUUAAAGGAGAGCAGGAGUAGGUAAGAACCUACACCUACUGCCUACACCACAUUGCUUGCUGUUUCAAAGUCCAUAUUUAUAGUACAAUUGAUUGUUCUUGCCUGUGUCAAUGGAGGUGUUAUUCUCUGUAAAGAUCUCGUAACUUCAUGCUAUGGAAAAAAUGUGGUUUGAAUUAUUUUUGCACAGGAAAGACCAAAACACAUUGGUAUCAUGAUUAGGCACCCCCGAAGUUUAGAGAAGGCUCUGAUAUAUAGUAAAAAUUGCUUGGGGAGGGGUGGGGUGGGGUGGAUCAUUGACUCAGUCAAAACUUGUAGAGAAAUGCUUAACUGAAAUAAGAAAUUGGUUCUCUGACUUUGC